AUGGCCGCUACGAUAGACAUCGAAGAUGAGUUCAGGGACCUCAGUCCUAUCGCUCGCUCCGAAACGAUGACUAGUCUGCUUUCACAAUUCGCCGAUCGCAUGCUCGAUAACAACAAACGCAUCUUUGAGAGGGUGUUGGACAUGAUUGCCGAAACAGAAGGCGGCGAACAGCUCCACCUAAAUAUGCUAGCAACGUAUUUGGAGAUGGAAACGUCGGAGGUCCACGUCAAAUCAUGGGACGACACUGAAAUUACCCGUUUGAGCGACUACAAAGCUUCGUCCCGCCUCGGUCAUGAUUCUGGCGUCUGCCCGUGGGAGCACGACUCGAGCGAAUAUAUCGCAGCAUUCUUACUACACUUACAGAAAGCUGUGCGUGAGAACGCGUCCAGGGAUUUACUGGGGGACGCAGCGGAAACUCUCGAGCUGCCAACUGAUUUCUGCGAAUUUCUCAAACAUACUGCCGGUGUUGUCUAUCCAAAUCUGGAUCGCCAGAUGUUCGUCUGCAGUUUUGGAACCAACACAUACGAUAUCAAAGGGCAGGCCCAGCCUCUAGACAAAAUGUGCAAGAUUGCCGGACCGAAUGGAUUUGUGGUUGCUGCUGGCUGGACGGCUGGCGACAAUGAUAGAAGCUUCGCGGAGCCGCAUGAGCCAUGGCGAUGGAGAAUCUUCAUCAACAAUCUCGAUUUCCAUGAUCGUGGCUAUUACGAAAGUCUUGGUGACUUUCUCAGUUGGUAUUGCAGCGCAUACGACUGGGUGGAUUGGGAAGCCGUGCAGCAAGGCAUAGCUUUUCUGCACCAAGAGUGUAAGGAGGCUCUAGAGGAAGAUGAAGAGCGGACUUCAGAAGAGGCUGAAGGACAAACGUCAGACGAAGAAUCUGAUUGA